AUGAUCAAUGAUAUAGAUCUUCACUUGUUCAAAGAUAUAUCACCACUACAGAUCGUUAUAUUAAUUGUCAUUAAAAUAUACUCGAUCAAUAAUGUUGCACCAUCCGUUUUGAUCAAAAUUGCACGAUUGAUUGAACACAAGCAUGUGGUUACAAGUGACAGCCAGAGUGUAAUAAUAUUGUCAGACUUGGAUAGUGUCCAAGAAUACUUUAACGAUGAAACGUGUUUUUUCCAGAUUGAACAAAUGUUGAAACUGAUUAAAUCGAUAGAGGACUUGGAUCGAGUGAUCAAAGAGUUCAAAGAGUUGGUUGAUCAUGAAAAGCCAAUUGCAAACGUAAAAAAAUUUGCUUCUCAAUCAUUGCUUGGUGCUUUCAUUAUACAAGUGUGCACAUUCUACGAGCAACUUGAAUUUCAUCAGACAAUUUGCUUGUAUCAACUGUUGGAGCAGUUUAGGGGAACAUGCCAUGAUGUGACACAAGACAUCCAUAUGGGUGAAUUGGAAAGAGCCCUCGAAGCUCAGCUAGAGAAAUUUAAUAUAAAACAGUCAAACAAUCUGCAUGUAUCCACUUCAAAGCAUUACUUGGAUCAGCUAAUCAAUGAACAGGUAACUAUAUUGGAGACAUUUGGUACACCGACACCACCUUAUUUGAAGGAGAUUAUGCGACUAAUGAGUUCAUCGCGUGGAUCAAUCAACAACAUGAUUUUCAACCACGCACCCAACUAUUAUUACUUGCGCUACUUGGAGAAUUUGGCUGACUUGGACUACAAUGGAGCUGUCGAUUCCCUACACCAGUACUUUGAUUACAUGGUUAGCAACAACUCGAAAUAUUUUUACCAUUUUGCCCUCAUAUCCAAAGCUUCCUUGCAUCAGUACUUUGGUGAGGACCAGAAGGCAAUAGACAGCAUCGAAGAGGCAGUUAAUGUGGCGAGAGAGAACAAAGAUAAUGCGACCCUUACUUAUAUCUUGAGUUGGUUCUACAAUUUCAUGCAUCACAAGCCACAUCUAUGGGCACAGCAAUCGUUGUUCAAUAAAAACAGCGGGGCCCAUCUAUUAGACUUCAUCAUCAAAAAAAGCACGUCAAUGAACCAGCUGUUACUAGCCGUCAAUCUCGGGUUUGAAACUUUGCAGAUGAUGAACAACCUGCUGCCCAUUGCUACUUAUACGGCGAAUUUGGUUAAAACACUCUAUGUAGCUGUUAAUGAUCUGAAGCCUACCCUUUCGCGAAGUGCUGAUAUUGCAUCAACCGUUUGGGAUAGACUAGGCAUAACCUCAUUGAGUGAAGUUUACGGUGACCUUGCGCUGCAGUAUAGUGAAAACUCUUCCGAGCAUACUACUUUGAUGGCCAAAAGAUUGUAUCGGCAAUUCCAGAAGGGUAUCAACUGCGAGGAAGCAUAUUUACAAGUUCUGAGUUUACAUCUUCAUGACAGUUCAUUAAGAAACGCGGUAAGAAUUCAGACGUUGUUAAUGCAAACAAAAUUGUAUUUGCAACAGAAACGACUUCGAAAAGCGAAAGAAGUGAUGGAUCUUUUAGUUGACUGCAAGAUUAAAGAUUUGUCGAUUAGAAAUGAACUCUGUUUGCUCGAGAUCGAAAUCGACGUUGAGUAUGAAAAUUACAAACUUGCAUUAAGCAAGAUCGAUGCAAUGCAGUAUUGUGAUGAUCACAUGUUGCUAAGGCUCAACUUGCUCAAGUGUCAAAUAUUGAAUCGCUCUGAUGUUGUCCCCUUGUCACUACUAGUCCAGGUGUUGUCUUUGAGCAAAAAAUACGGCUAUGCUUCCUUAUUAAUAGAAGCUAGCGUGUUACUACUCGCCAUCGUGAGAUUACGCGGAUACGACGAUGAAGUAAAGAGAUUUGCCGAUGAUAUCAUGCCCAUGGCUUUCACUUAUGGCGACGAGAAUCUUCUACAGUCGGCGCUUCAAAUAGUUUCUGAUUAA